AUGAUCGAACCCGUCGAAGUUAAACCCAAAAGUUAUCCCACAAAUCUUCUACCUCAAGAACAUUGGGAUAAACGUGUUUGUUAUGUUCGUGGCAAUUGUGAGAAAUUCAUCGAAAAGAUCCAUGACGUUGAAGUGUAUGAUGAUGAUGUAUGGAUUGUAACCUUACCGAAAUGUGGUACCACCUGGAUGCAAGAACUUUUGUGGCUCGUUAUAAACGAUUAUGAUUUUGAAACUGCUAAAAAUGAAAAUUUAGAAAUCCGUUCUCCAUUUAUGGAAUUCGAUUAUAUGGUCAGUUUAAAUUUGGAUACAGCUUUGAAGCGAGUUGAAGAUUUACAACGUCCCCGAUUGGUAAAAAGUCAUUUGGCCUUGCCACUGUUGCCAGCACAAAUUUGGGAAAAGAAACCGAAGGUUAUCUAUGUUGCACGUAGUCCCAAAGAUGCCUUUGUCUCCGAAUAUCAUUUCUUCCGUCAUAUGGGUCUUGUGCCAGUCGAAUGCUCUCUUGAACAAUACAUUAAGGGCCGUAUGUAUAAGAUCGAUUGUAACGAACAAUUCGAUAAUAUGUACGAAUUUUAUAAACUACGCAAUGAACCCUGGAUAUACUAUACCAGUUUUGAACAAAUGAAAACCAAUUUACCCCAGGUCAUUUUGGAUGUUUGUAAAUUUUUGGGCAAGUCCAUCGAUGAUGCGACAAUGGAGAAAAUGUUAAAGCACUUGUCGUUUGCCGAAAUGAAAAAGAACCCGCGAACAAAUCAUUUGUGGGAAAUCGAACAAGUUCGUAAAGUAACGAACCGUACUGAUGGCGAUUUUACUUUCUGUCGCCAGGGUGAAACAAAUUCAUACAAAAAGGAAUUAUCACCGGAAUUGGUUAAGGAAUUGGAUGACUUUGUAGAGAAAAAAAUAUCAAAUUACGGUCUAACAUUGGAUGAUUUGCUAUUGUUGAAUGGAAAUAAAAAUUAA